GCAUUUUAAAGUUGUAAUAUUUUACAUUGGUAAAUAAGUAUAAUUCACUAUUAUUCACUUUAAAAUAAUAAUAUCAAUAAAAAUGUAUGUGAUGGUCUAGACUCUAGAUAAUUUAAGUAUGAUAAUAGAAAAAUGUUGACACGUAAAGAAGAAUUAUUUGUGAAGCCUUUUCAACAAAGAUUAUAUCAUCAGCACAAAGUCAAACUCAAAUCAGCCACUGCGAGGGUGGAUACAACACCACCACAGGAGUGGCAGCAUAUAGUACUGAAGACAAAGAAAUACCAAAAGGAACGAGAGAGGUGUACACAAAUAUUAUUGAACAACGGUAUUCUGUGGCGACAUUUGAGUGAAAUAAUGAGCACCAGACGAGUAGACAACCACUGGGAUUAUGAACAACCCAAGUUUUUUCAUAGAGUUAAUUUAUUUACAAAAAGUAAUAACAAACUAACUGUUGAUAUUGAAGAAUCGUCAGAGUCUGGUAAAGUACAAACUGAAGUAAAAAACGAAAGGUGCAUUGCAUGUAAUCCAAAUUUGUCAAUUUCCAAGACCAACAUACCAGAGGAGAGAAUACCAUGGGAUCCACCAAAAAAAAAAUUAUCGAAAAAAUUACGGAGCUUAUCCAUUCAUAAUGAUGGGGUAAAUUAUAAAUUGUUUGAACUGAAUAUAAAAAUAUGUUUAAAUGAAAAUAAUUUAAUUUUGUCACAGGUUGUUAAAAAUAUGAAACAUCAAGUAUUGAACAAGUCUAGACAGAGCCAGAUAAAAAGCACAGUUACAAAAAAAAAAAUUGAUAACAAGUUAAACAUCAAUAAUAACAUAAUGAUCGAAACAAACAAUUAUUUAAAUUAUAUUGAAAUAAACGAAGGUUCAUUAGAUCUUAUCAUAAAGUUUCCAUCUGGGAGCAAAGUGUCAAUGGUCGAAGGAAAAACAAAACGAGUACUUCAGCCUAAUAAUUGUCAAUGUACAAGAUGUCUUUGAAUUAUUACACAUAGCAUAGCACUUUAAAUUCAUAUUAUUAUAAUAAGUAAACUAGUAUAGUUAAACAUACAAUAUUGUCAUGGUAUUUUUUAAUUUACACAAAAUUGUAAAUGUGAAGAUAAAGCUAAUUAACUUUUAAUGCUCACUCAACAAAUUUGCAUAUAAAUAAUAGGUUUGAUAUAUUUUACAUUUGAAUUACAUUUAUUAACUGUGACUGGAAGUAAAAUUAUGUUUUAAUGAAAAAAA